GACAGUGGGCGCGCGCACAAAUACACACAUCCCAGACAACACGCACUAAACCUCUGUCCAAACUUUCCUCCCCUUCAGUCUGUGCGUGCCUCGCCAAGUCGUGAGAGCGCAAGAACUUUCCGCUCUCUAGCACGGCUUAAAUUCGCGUUUUAAUUCCGCUACAAAGGUGCACCAUGGGAAACAAGAUCAGCAGAAGACGGGACACUGCACCAGCCGAGCAGAAGGCUGCAGAGGAGGCAAUCGACACUCAGGAAGCUGUGGUGGAGGCAGUAGCUGAUGCGCCAGUGGUGGUUGCAGAGGCGACUGAACCAGUAGUAGAAUCAGUGCCAGCACCGGUACAGGAGGCUGAGCCCUCAUUGGAGGAGCCGGUGAGCGUCCCACUAGUAGCCCCAGCACCGCCUGAACCCGAGCCCCUGGUGUCAGUCAGUAAACCAGUGCCAGUCGUCCCGGAGCCGAAGCCAGUCGUCCCGGAGCCGAAGCCAGUCGUCCCGGAGCCGAAGCCAGUCGUCCCGGAGCCGAAGCCAGUCGUCCCGGAGCCGAAGCCAGUCGUCCCGGAGCCGAAGCCAGUCGUCCCGGAGCCGAAGCCAGUCGUCCCGGAGCCGAAGCCAGUCGUCCCGGAGCCGAAGCCAGUCGUCCCGGAGCCGAAGCCAGUCGUCCCGGAGCCGAAGCCAGUCGUCAUAGAACAGGAGGCUGUCCCAGAGCCAAACCUCUCCCAGGAGUUCCUCCUACAGCCAGUCAUUCCAGAGCUCUUCCUCUCCCCCGCCCCUCUUCUGGACCUGGGUGUCCCUGAGCUGACCCCUAAGCCCCUCGAUGCUCCCCCCUCCCACAGAUCUGCCCCAGACCAGCCCACAGACCUGGGGGGUGCAGAAUGCUAUGACGACAAUGUAAAGGGUGCCUGGAAUUCUGUCUCCAUCCCACAAGAGUCCAAAGAAACCCCGGAGAAGCCAGCAACCAUGGCGGAGAAGCUUCUGUGUGAUGUCAUGGGCAGCGAGCUGAGCAAAGCGGAUUCUUCAACCACUUAGACCUGACGGCCGACGACCUCAUGGUCAAUGAUGUCAUAGCAGACGACAUUCCGGAAGGUGACUUGUCCACUGAGCUGAUAUGGGAGGAGAAAAUAAAAACUAGAAGAAAAAAAAAUGGACAAUGACGUUCUAAAAGAGGCAGACGCAGCAGAAAAAAAAUGUAUAAAAAAAUAAUACAACUUUGAUCUGAGAAGGCUAAAGGGAAAACUAAGACCGUGAAGUAGCAUUCAGAUAAUCUGAGACCUGGGAUGUAUUCCCUAGGAACCAAACAGAACCAAGCGUACGCAAAUGGAAUUAAACUGGGUGGGACCUACCUGAAUUUGUCCAAUAGAAAUUCUAGUUUCUGUUGCGAAACAUUUUGGAAUAAUGAUUAGACCCCAGGUAAUAGACGUGCCUUUCUUUCUGAGUGUAGGUUGACUAAAGGGAUUUGGUGAUGGGUGGCCAGGGCAGAAGUGUACCCAUCAUCGCCCUCUGAGCCAUAUAGACAUAACACUGCAUAGCAGAACACUUACAGUAACUAUAUAUGGUAACUAUGUAUGACAAGACGUUUGCCUUGGUGUGUACACCUGAUGAAUUGUAACAACAUUUGAAAUCGGCCUACAUUCUAUGAUGUACAUUCAUGCUUGGACUCUCGCAAUCCUUCCUCUUUAACUCUGAAAUGGAGGUGACCUUAUUAUAUUUUCUUGAUGGUGAGAAGUGGUUUGGAGGAAUGUAUUAAAGGUGAUUGUCUGGUUGUGAAAAUAAAAUAAGAUUGUUCCACCUUGAA